AACCUGCAUCUCUUUGUCGCAACCCCGCAGCCUCGUUUUCACGUCGCAUCUUUUAGCACGCCCGUGAUUUCUUCUACCCUAUUCCCUCGCUCUCUUUACGUACUAUCACAAGCAUUAUUCAGCACUCUGUUUCUUUUCCAGCCGCGAGAGCGUACCAGCGUGCCCUUAGCCGAUAGAUCCAUUCAGUCGCGUGCCGACCGCGUCACUCGUUCGACCUUUCCGCGCAUCCGAAACCUUGCGAAACGAAGAAUAGAUCCAGCCACAGCAGCGCCUUUUACCUGUAAACUCGGGGGAUAAUGAGCAUAUUCAACCAAAAGUCCAAAUUCAAGGUCAAGACCGAAGUCCGCAAAGUCAAGCAAGCCGUCGAGCCAGCCCCGCUCAAGAAGCCCGCCGGCGUCGCGAAUGCCUCGCGCCCUUCCCUCUCCGUCCCAGGCAGCACCCGCGCAUCCCCCAUCCCGUCCUCUCUCCAUGCGAAGCGCCUAUAUUCAUCCUCCUCUCCGGAGAGCAAGUCGUCUUUAAGCCAGAGCCGAAAGCGCCGCGGUCCCGCGAACAGCCGGUCCCCGGCGACCGCUAGUCCCGCCCCGGCCCUCAGCGACUCCGAGCCUGGGUCUGACGACGAGGAUGACUGGCGCGACAGGGUAGAUCCGAGCAAGCGGCGGAAGCGAGCGCAUACCGAAGAUCCGGACCGGCGGUUGAGACAUCCGAGUUUAUGGAGCGGGCAGGGGGAGGAGGACAAACCGGGCAUUGUGCAUGCCGCGGACGUGGCAUCGCUAGCGGAUAGAUGCCAGCCUGUGAUGUACCUCACACCGGACGAGGUCGUGGUGAGGCUACGGUAUCCUGGGGCGAAAUAUCCAGAGCGGUACGAGUUGGUCUGGGGCAAGGACAAGAUCGACGGCGCGCUGGAUAUCAUGAAGGUGGUCAAGUUGGUAGCCUCAACGUACCUUACCGACCAAGAGGCGAAACCGUUCCUGGACCAGGACAACGGCAUAUACCGCCGGCUGGAAAAGAGCAAAAACACAAAGGACGGAAAGGGGUUCAAGGAGGCUUUGACCGAGUACAACGACCAGCUACUGGCCCUGCAGAUGAAGGGCGUCAUCGCAAAAAACAUCGAUGCGAUGCGCGGCAUUCCCCGGGAGUUGGUCGACUUUAUCCUCGACCAAGUGUAUGACCGCACUGUGGCGCCCAAAGUCGAGCUGCUCGCCAAGUACGAGAACGGCACUGACAACGUUUAUGGCGAGCUGCUACACCCCUUUAUUUCCGACAUCUUCGACCGGACAAAGCUAAGCUCCGACAUGGUAUUCGUGGACCUCGGCUCGGGCGUCGGCAACGUGGCGCUCCAUGCGGCGUUGGAAAGAGGGUGCGAGAGCUGGGGCUGCGAGAUGAUGGAGAAUGCGUGCAACCUCGCCGAGGCGCAGAAUAAGGAAUUCACGGCCCGCUGUCGCCUGUGGGGCAUUGCGCCGGGCAAGGUCCAUCUUGAACGGGGCGACUUUCGCAAGAACGAGAGGACACUGGCGGCGCUAAAAAGAGCCGACGUGGUGCUGGUAAAUAACCAGGCUUUCACGUCGCAGCUCAACGACCACCUCGUCAACAUGUUUUUGGACCUGAAGAUUGGGUGCAAGAUCGUAUCGCUCAAGACCUUUGUCCACGACAACAAGAUCGCCGAGAACGAUGUUGCGUCGUCUAUUCUGGAAGUCGAGCAUCUGACGUACCCAGCGGAGCAUGUCAGUUGGACCGCAGCGCCGGGCACGUUUUGUAUUUCGACGAGAAAGUAAUU